UCCCUCCCCUUCGACGCUUCUUCAAUUAGCUAAGUGAGAGCAGAGGGGACGGAGAAAGACAAGAGCAGUCAGGAGUCGAACGUUUAUGAAUACAGCUCGUGCGGUUGUGUAUCGGCAUGCAGAAGUUUAGAUAGCAUUGACUGGACGCAGGACACCAUCUUUUAAACGUAUUAAAACUAUCAGCGCAGUGGUUAAAAUACACGAAAUAAGCCAAGUGGAUUCAUCUAAAAACAGAGAUGGGCUUAAAGCGGAAUCAUCUGCCAACUCCAUCAAAUUCAAGAUCUCGGCUCAGUGCGCUGCUUAGUUUAUUGAUCGCGGUUCUGCCGCUGUGCGCAGCGUUUAAUCUGGACGUGGAGAACCCAACUGUCUACAGCGGACCGAAUGGGAGCUACUUCGGAUAUUCUGUAGAAUUUUAUUUGACCAGUUCAUCAAGCGUCAGCGUCCUUAUUGGUGCCCCCAAAGCCAACACCAGCCAAUUUAACAUCACGGAGGGAGGAUCAGUGUACUACUGUCCCUGGAGCCUGAGCCAAUCACAGUGCAGUGCCAUCGAGUUUGAUGAUCAAGGGGAUCGCAGUUACCACGUCAACGACACUGAUCUCCAAGUGGAGUUCAAGUCCCACCAGUGGUUUGGUGCCACAGUACGUUCCCAUGGCAACACCAUCCUGGCUUGCGCCCCUCGUUACUACUGGAGAACUAAAGAGGACAUCCCGCUCUCGGACGCCACGGGAACCUGCUACCUCUCGGUGAACAACUUCACCAAGUUUGUGGAAUUUGCCCCCUGCCGCACAGAAAGGCACGGCCGCGCCGGUCAGGGAUACUGCCAGGGCGGGUUCAGCGCUGAUUUCACUAAGACUGGGAAAGUAGUUCUUGGAGGGCCAGGGAGCUACUACUGGCAAGGCCAGCUUAUCUCAGCCGCAAAGGAGGAAAUUGUCGAUGCCUACUACCCUCAGUACUUCCUGUUGUUCGUACCGGGCCAGAUCCAGACCCGACAAGCGCAGGGAAACUAUGACGACAGCUAUCUUGGGUACUCUGUGGCAGUGGGGGAAUUCAGUGGAGAUGCAGAAGAAGAUUUUGUGGCAGGUGUCCCAAAAGGAGUCAUGCUCUAUGGCUUGGUGUCCUUACUGAACGGGACCAAUAUGAAAUCGAUGCUGAACUUCACUGGCGAGCAGAUGGGCUCUUAUUUCGGGUAUGCAGUGGCGACCACCGACGUGAACAAUGAUGGGCUGGAUGACCUCCUGGUGGGCGCUCCCAUGUUCAUGGUGCGGGGCUCGGGUGGCCGGCUGGAGGAGAUGGGCCGGGUCUACCUGUACCUGCAGCGGGCGGCUCUGGACAUGGAGCUCAGCCUGCCCCCCCUCACUGGGACUCAAGAGUUCGGCAGGUUUGGGAGCUCCAUCGCCCCUCUGGGAGACCUCAACCAGGAUGGCUUCAACGAUGUGGCCAUCAGCUGCCCGUUCGGAGGGGAAGACCAGCAGGGCGUGGUCCUCAUCUACAACGGCCACGCCGGCGGCCUUAAGGACACGCCCUCUCAAGUGCUGGCUGGCCAAUGGGCUUCCGCCACCAUGCCGGCCAGCUUCGGCUAUGCCAUCCGAGGAAACAAAGACCUGGACAUGAACGGGUACCCAGAUCUUAUAGUGGGAGCAUUCGGAGUUGACAAGGCGGUUCUGUACAGGGCUCGGCCUAUCGUUAAUGCCAGCGCCUCGCUGACUGUGUACCCCACCAUGAUCAACCCAGAGGAGAAGGCCUGCGUGGUUACCCACGGCAACGAGACUAUCCCUGUCUCCUGUGUCAACCUCAGUUUCUGCCUCUCAGCCAAUGGGAAACACCUGCCAGAUGCCCUAGGGUUUCUGGUUGAGGUGCAGCUGGACCGGUUGAAGCAGAGGCAGAAGGGGGCGGUGAGGAGGGCUCUGUUCCUGGACUCCCAGCAGGCCGUUCUGCAGAAAGCUGUCAGGGUGGCCAAUGGGGCCCGCGUCUGCCACGAAACCAAAAUCUACCUGCGGGACGAGAAGGAAUUUCGGGAUAAGCUCUCCUCCAUCUACAUCGCGCUCAACUUCAGCCUGGACCCCCACGCGGCGGCCGACUCCCACGGCCUGCGCCCCAUCCUCAACUACCAAACUGUGGAGCUCAUGGAGCAGAAGGCCCAGAUUUUGCUGGACUGCGGAGAAGACAACAUCUGCGUCCCUGAUCUGAAGCUGACGGUGCACGGUGACAAAAAGGAAGUCUUCCUGGGCGACGACAACGCGCUGACCCUCACGUUCAACGCCAGGAACGAGGGCGAGGGCGGGGCGUACGAGGCGGAGCUGUACGUGGUGCUGCCGCCCGAGGCCGACUACAGCGGGAUCGCGCGCAACAACGAGAGCCUGGCCCAGCUGACCUGCAGUUAUGAGACUGAGAACCAGACCCGCUAUCUCAGCUGUGACCUUGGCAACCCCAUGAAGUCUGGCACAAGCCUGUGGGCGGGGCUUCGUUUCACUGUGCCACGCCUACAGGACACGCGCAAGACGGUGCAGUUUGAGCUCCAGAUACGCAGUAAAAAUGAGAAUAACUCACAGAGCGAGCUUGUGCCAUACAAGCUGGAGGUGGCCGUGGCGGCUGAUGUCAUUCUGCAGGGUGUGUCUCACCCAGACAAGGUCAUCUUUCCCCCGCAAAACUGGAAAGCAACCAAGAGGCCGCAGUUGGAGCAGGAUGUCGGGCCUCCAGUUCAGCAUGUGUAUGAGUUGGUGAACAACGGGCCGAGCAUGAUAAGCCACACCCUCCUGGAGCUGCACUGUCCAAUGAGAGUCAAGGCUCAAUGGCUCAUGUACCCGUUGGAGGUGACCACCGUUGGGCCCCUCAACUGCUCCACCGACCGGAUCAUCAACCCCCAGCACCUCAAGCUCCAGCAGUCACCCACUGAGCAGCCGCCCCUGCAGACGCCCAACCCGGCCCACCACAUCGAGAGGAGGGACGCCAACAAGAAUCAGCUGGCCGAACCAGGAAACCUGUCCUGCUCUAGUGUGGAAUGCUGGGUGCUGCAGUGCAAUGUGGGACUCCUGGAGAGGGGCACCAGUGCCAUUCUGAAAGUGCGCUCCCGAAUUUGGGCUGAGACCUUCAUAGAGAGGCCAUACAAACAGUAUGUGUUAGAGUGCUCUGCCAGGUACAGCGUGCAGAAGAUGCCCUAUGCCAUCCUGCCCAAGGAGGCACCCAGCGGAUCCAAAAAGGUGGUGACCCCGGUGGUGUGGAGCAAGCCGGACAGCCAGUACGCCGUGCCCCUGUGGAUCAUCAUACUGGCCAUCCUGGCGGGGCUGCUUCUGCUCGCCCUGCUCAUCUAUGUCCUGUACAAACUGGGUUUCUUCAAGCGAUCCCUACCCUACGGCACGGCCAUGGAGAAGGCCCAGCUCAAGCCCCCGGCCACAUCUGAGGCCUAACCAAACGGGGUGGGGGGUUCCAAAAUCACACCAAACAUUUUUUUUUCCCUCUUUGUUAAAUUGGGAAAAGAAAAGAUAAAUAUUUCAUCCACAAAGUAGACCAGGAAACUGCAAGACUGUGUAAUAACAGAUGGCUGUUGAAGAUUUUCAGAGAAAAGACCACUGGAAGUUCAUCUGUACUGCACUAGAAAGAGAAAAACAACCCUAAGUGCUCUAAAACCAAAUGAAUGUUUUUAAUUUAAUUUUUUGUUUUGACAAAGAGCUUUGGGGUUUGGUUUCCGAACAGUGAGAACUUCUAUACCUAAGCCAGACCCAUUUCAGGGAUGCAAAGAGUUUGUUUUCGGUUUGGAUCAGGGUGGGGUUGAGGGGUUGAAAUCAGGGCUUGUUCAGUGGUGCAUCGCACACACAACCAGAAAAGUGUAGUGAUGUGCGGAACCUCUCCCGUCGUUGAUCUUCAUGGAUAGCCAUACUGGUUUUUUUU